ACUCUUUCGGAGCCGAAGCUCUGAUUCACACCUCCUCGCAGUCUGCUGAAAGGGAAACACUGGUUGUCGUGGGUGGAUGAAUAGGUCUGCGUGGAGGUAUUGCACUGAAUCCUGCCGGAGGAUAUGUUGAACUGAUCUCAGUCACAACUCCGCAGAAAAAUGUCAGUGUUACAAUGGGUCAAAGUGUCCUACUCCAAUGUAUGUUUGAGACUAAUGUAGCCACCACCGGCCUUAACAUCCAGUGGGACUUUGUUUCAUCGGGCUCCAUGAAGCCACAGCAGGUGUAUUACUAUCAAUCAGGAGAGGAUGUCAUUACAAAAUCUUAUGCGGGCAGGCUUCAACCUUCAUCUUCUCCCGGCACGACCAAAAACGCCUCAAUAGUAAUAAGCAACAUGCAACCAUCGGAUACCGGACUCUACACUUGUCAGAUUCACAACUUUCCUGAUGUGGACGGAAAGUCUGAGGCCUAUAUCAUUGUGAAUGUUCUUGAGAAGCCCACUGUUCCUUAUUGCGCCGUCCACGGUGACGUGGAAUCAGGUCACUUGGUCACUCUGACCUGCCACAGUGAGCGUGGGAGCCCCAACCCGACAUAUACCUGGACCAGACUGGAUCAGACUCGGACAAGGAGGCCUGUACUGGGACUAGUGACCACAUCUGGAGUACUGGAAUUCAAAAACAUAUCCCAGUUUGAGUUUGGGGAGUACCAGUGCAACGCUACAAAUGCAGUGGGAUUUUCAACUUGCACUAUAGAGCUAAAUCCUGAAGCGGGAGAUGGAGUGAUUGCUGGCGCGGUGAUCGGCGCCUUGCUCGGGUGUGUCCUGAUCAUCCUGGUCGUGUGGUUCAUCGCUCGCACGGUGAAGAAACACAAGUACAAGGAGGUCAAAGUAUCAGAGGCCCACGCGAUGAAGAGGAGCUCUCCUCAGGCCCAGGAAGCCUCGGAUAGCGUUCCCGUGGCAACCACAGCCGGCAGCCUCCACGAUGAGGAAGAUGAGCCACAAGCCUGAAAAAAAGGCCUGUUGAAAACAGCUGGAGCAACAUCACUCUUCUGAACAACAGGAUGUCCAGUCUUCAGCACACUUCAUUCUCAAAUGUAAUCAAUAUGACGGAGCUCACGCUCACGUUUGAACCAUCAAUUUAAUCUUUAACAGCUUUUUUUUUUAUCAUGUGCCAUUUUUUAUUUGACUUUUGCUUGAAUGUAUACCAAGGAAUGUAGACAUGCACGUAGUGUUUUUAUUUGUUUUACCAUUUCAUAGUUAGUACGCCAUUCCAACCAUGUUGAUGAGCCUUGCAUUGGGAAUACAAGCUACAUAAUAUUAAACCAAAUACUUGCAUGAGAUAGGAUGCAAAAAAAACUUUUAUUUUCUGUAUAUAUGAACAUACAUUAUUAUGUUUAAAAAAACAAAUGAUAGUCC